ACGUGAGACCGACUUAUACAAAACACGAAAGUUAGAAAGAGAUAACAAGCGUCGCAAUUUAAUAAUUGAAUUGUUUGUAACAUAUUGAUAAUUCAUGAACGACCGUUGCUUUGAUUUCAUCAGUCCGUUGAAAAAUACAACUUGUGAUAGUGUAUGUGAUAUCAAAAUACGUUAAAAAUGAAAUCUGCUAAAUCUAAACAGAGAUUAAACGACAUGCGAACGCCGGCUAGGAGUAAACAAAACCUAAUCGGUGAACGCGAUCCUGUGCAAGUGUAUUGCCGACUGCGGCCUAUGCAAAGAGACUCCGAUUCACCAUGUAUGAAGAUAAUAUCACCUACUACGGUGCUUCUAACGCCUCCAGCAACUGCUCUAAGCUACAGAAACGAGAAUGCAAAGACUAUGAAGUACACAUUCAAAGAGGUAUUCCCGCCAGAAACGAAUCAACAAGAAGUCUUCGAUAAAGUCGCCUUACCCAUCGUCGAAGGACUUAUCAAAGGUAAAAAUGGCUUAUUAUUUACUUAUGGAGUCACGGGCAGUGGCAAAACGUUCACAAUGACCGGUGAGCCACAAAAUUGUGGUAUUUUACCAAGAUGUUUGAAUAUUAUUUUCAAAACCAUAAACGACUUUCAAGCCCACAAAUAUAUCUUUAAACCUGAUAAAAUGAACAUGUUCGAUAUUCAAACCGAGGCGGAGGCCAUGUUGGAGCGGCAACAGGAGCUCCAUAAAUUCAAAACUGGAAGGAAGAAUAAUUCAAAUCCAGAUCUAGCCAUGUCCUCCUCUGACGUCACUAAGAUCGAAGGUAUCAAUGAAGACAACCAGUAUGCAGUGUUUGUGACCUAUGUAGAGAUAUAUAACAACAGUGUCUUUGAUUUACUUGAAGACGGGCCUCCAAUAAGUAAGAAUUUACCUGUAAAAAUCAUCCGUGAAGAUGCAGCUCACAAUAUGUAUGUCCAUGGUGUUACUGAAGUAGAAAUAAAGUCUGCAGAAGAAGCUUUCGAAGCUUUCUACCUUGGUUUGAAGCGAAAACGUAUGGCACACACAUCUCUGAAUGCAGAAUCUAGUAGAAGCCAUUCCGUCUUUACUAUCAGACUGGUGCAGGCACCAGUAGAUGAAAUGGGAGAAGCAGUGAUUCAAAAUAAAAAGUUCCUGAACAUUAGUCAGCUGAGUUUAGUUGAUUUGGCUGGCAGUGAACGCACAAACCGUACCAAGAACACAGGACAACGUCUCCGAGAAGCUGGCAACAUAAAUAAAUCCCUCAUGACUCUACGAACAUGUCUAGAGGCAUUGAGAGAGAACCAGAUCAGCGGUACUAACAAUAUGGUGCCCUACAGAGAGUCGAAAAUCACACAUUUAUUCAAGAAUUUCUUUGAAGGAGAAGGCCAGGUGCGUAUGGUUGUCUGCGCUAACCCAAGAGCUGAAGAUUAUGAUGAGACUCUCCAAGUUAUGAGGUUCGCGGAGAUGGCUGCUGAGGUUGAAGUGGCCAAGCCUCAAAUUAUCGAUGUAGCUGCGAACAUCGGCCUCACUACGGGCCGUCGUAAAGCCAACCGGCUGUUCACAACAGCAAGAGACAAUUUGUCCAGGCCAGAAGCUAAAGAAUUGGAGAUGGACUUGGGUCUGGUCUACAGUCUCGGACCAGACUUCCCGAGUAUAGAAUUGAAUAGUUCUCAAGCUGCUCAUAUCAUCAAGGAGUUGAUGGCACAUUUGGAAAUGAGGAUAAGUCGGCGAGAAGCUUUAAAACGCAGCAAAGCUAUCAAAGACGAGAGACUCAGAUCUGCUCUUUUGGACCUUGAAAAAGACUCUCUAGAAGUCAGGAGCGAGAACGCGUCCUUGAGAGGUCAGUUGGCUGCAGCAGAACGCAGAGUCAGAGCUUUAGAAGAACGACUGACUGCCACUGAGAAUGCGUCACUUACACAUCAACGCAAACUCUCAGAAAUGACUGAAUACACAUCUUCCUUAAAGAGAGAAUUACAAGAAAAAGAACUGCUACUCAGUCAAAACAAAUUCGAUAAAGAGAAACAGAAGAAGAUUCUAGAAAGGAAAUACAAUCACAAAAUCGCAGCAGAAUACGAGAAAGCGAAAGAAAUACAUUCUGAGAAGGAAAGGUUGAAGAAUGCUAUAGAAGAGAAGGAGAACAGGCUGAGAAUAAUAGCAGAAGCUUUGAACCGAGGUGAUAAUAAUGACGGAUUUAAUAAAAUUACUGGAGAAAUUGGUGCACAGACAAGUAAUAGAGAUUUCACUCCAGGUUCAACUCCUAGAGCAUUACCAGCACAUUUAUUGACUCCAUUCAGCUCUGUACCUCAAACUCAGACCCAAAGAGACACACCAGCGUCAUCUCGUCGUGGAGUCGCCAUAGCCAAUCCUCGUCAUCGCAGAUCAUUGUCCGCAGACGGCCGAGGAUGGGUAGAACAUGCACCAAACAAAAUAGUCCCUAUGGGUACUGUUAUGAAGCCGAGCAUCAUCAACAGUAAAGUUGUUAACAAACUGACAAGUGUGAAAGACAUAGCUAACUCCAGGACGUCUAAAUAUUGCCUUAUAUCCCAAGAACAGGAUACAGAUGGUGAAUUGGAGACGAAAUUGUAUAAAGGAGAUGUGGUGCCGACUUGCGGAGGUGGUGCCCAAGUGAUCUUCAAUGAUGUUGAAAUGUUAAAGCAGUUUUCUCCAAAUAGGGAGUCUUCUCAUUCUCAUUCCAAUCGUGUUUCUGGGACAUCCUGUGCUAGGCAUUCGGGUAAGCGUAGGGAUACCAACCACUCUCCGCCUCAAACACCAUCAAAUACGAGCAAAAAACAAAGGAUUGACGAUGAUUGAUCUUCAAAUGGUAAGAACCUUUGAACCAUUCUCUUUUUUCUAUGUUUUUGGAGUUUAGGAUCUUGUUGUUAUUCAAAUAUGAUCCAAUAAUUCAAAAGUUCUGUCGUAAUGAUUUGUUUAUCGUAGAUUGUGUGAGAUUGUCUAAAUAAUUUUGUUGUUAUUAAGUACUGUUAAAAGUUAUACUAGUUUUUCUAUUAGUUAGAAGAUUUCUGUCAAUAUAAUUUGGUAUUAAAGAUUUCUUUUUGGUAUAUUUUUGUAUAUUUUCUUUGAUUAUUAAUGCCUAUUUAGAAAGCAGCUGAAAUAUUAGGCAGUGCUAAGAGAAAUUGAUAAUAUUGUAAUAAUUAAAAUACCAUUAAUAUAAUCUAGUUCAUAUAACUUUAUUGUCUAAUAUAUUACUAAAAUACUAACUUUGUUAAGACUUUUGAUAUUAUGAAGUAGCUGUAGAUUUGAUUAUUGUAUAAAUUAAUAAAGUUUGGGGUAAAAUAAUUAACAUUUUCCUUUCUCAAAAGAUAAUAGUAACCUAAAGAAAAAAAAUUCGAAUCCUGAUGGACUAGGGUAGCUAAAAAGUUUUGAUCCUAAGUAGGUGUUUUUAAGACGUAUUUCUACCCUCCCGCGUGUUUUCCCUACUGUGCGACUCCUACUGAAUAUAAGGAGAUGUUUUAUAGGCGCCCUAGUACGUUAUUAUAAGUAAAUUAAUAAUAGUUAUUGUGUUUAUUCAACUAAUAUUAUAGUUAAUACUUCUUCAUCCACCCUUAGAUAAAAACAUGGGAUUUUGUUAUCAUAAGUAUUAAAGACAUUUUUGACUGUGAUCCAUAGAAAAUUGCUCAUUUUACAAAUUAAUAGUUAAUUAUGUGCACAUCUAUAGCUUCCGUCUAACUCUUUGGACAUAAAAGACUUGAUCUUAAAUAUGUAUAACAAAAUUUUGAAAAAAAAAUGUACUAUUCAUUCUACAGUUGGGAGCAAAGAUCGGAGCCACUAACUAGUAUUUGUUCUUUUUCAUUUC